GACGAGUGUUUCCAAAGUACGAGUCCUGCGCAACCCGACCACCACUUGAGCUUUAAAUGCAACCGAUCCCCCUUCCUGCCGAGCCGUGCCAUAAUUAUACAUCCUCAUCAUCACCAACCCGUGCGUCCGCCUUUUCCUCUCACUGCAUCGACGACAGUUACAUUCGCUCAGCCUAUCAAGAACGUUCUCGGUUGUUGGAUAGUUCUGAUCCAUCCGGACACAUCACAAGUCAACACAUUCGCUAUGGGUAACGUGGGAAGGUUCUUCUGUGUGGCCCUGCCAUUCAUACUCACAGCCGGCGCCAUCAUCUCUAUGCUCAUUGUCGGUCUCGCUGGUGUCACCAACAAUGCCAGUCUGUAUAUCCUUCGAGCCAACGUCACCGGCCUCACGAUCAGCCCUGCAUCGGCCGAGUCUCUACUGUCGAGUGUUACUUCUCGAGAUGUGACCCACCACGAAAGACAAGUUGAUGCGUCCUCUUUCGGCGGCUCGUCUGAGCAGGGCAGCUCUACGGACAGCGCCUGGGCUGCCGCUUCGAGUGUCGCUUCGAGCUCCAGCGCCAGCUCGUCCGGCUCCAGCACCAGCACUACUUCCACCACGACCUUGACAAGCAACAUCACCGCCACGGACCUGGGGCUUAAGGAUUUCUACGAUAUCACCCUAUGGGGAGUGUGCACUACUGACUCUGAUGGUAAACGCGAAUGCACCAAGGCCAAGUUCGACUGGGCUGAAACCGAACUCAACACCAGCUCCCUCAUUACCGCCAGUUACAACAUUACUCUUCCCUCCGAGAUUACCGGUUCCAUCAGUGCAUUCCAGAAGAUCACAAAGUGGACCGAGGUUGUGUACAUCAUCGCCAUGAUUGCUUUGGGUAUCGAGCUGGUUGCUGGUGCUUUCACCUACUGCAGCCGCGCCGUCUCCUGCAUUACCUACCUUAUCAGUGGUGUCGCGACCGUCGCAGUGUGUGCUUGCGCCGCAAUGAUCACCGCAAUGGCCGUCAUUGUCGUUGGGGCCAUUGAGGGAACUGCCAAGUACUAUGGUGUCAAAGGAAGCAUCAACACCAACUUCUUGGCCGCGGUGUGGAUCGGCGCUGCUUUUACUAUCGCUGCUUCCCUGUUCUGGCUAUUCAGUGCCUGCUGCUGCAAGCGCGACCACACUCGCUCCAGCAAGAACCACGACGACGAGAAGCCAUUCCUGCCCAACGGUUCAUACGCUCCUCUGCACGACAACAGAAACAGCUAUGGUUACAACAACCAGCAGGCUUACACUGGCCACAACAACGCCCGCUCGGACCUGGCCUACGAGCCUUAUUCGCACUCGCGUGUCUAAAACAUCUAUGAUUUGAUUUGACGGUGGACAUGUGGAUAAUUCGACACAUGUAUGAAGUUUGCAUAGUGCAAUCUACAUAUGCAUUCAACGGCGUUCGGGGGUAUGGGAAAUGACGAGAAUGAUUCUCCUCGUUAGCUUUUAGAAUUUGGCCCUGUAUUACUGCUGUAUUACACGACACAAUACCCGUAGUUUUGGUAGAAUUGAUGACUAUACGAUCA